AUGAGUGGGGCGGACAAGACGCCGCCGCCGUCAACGGGGUUCUCCAUGUCGGUCCUGCAGGAACCGUUUGUGCGAGAGCUCAUCAUGGAGAACGAGAUGAUGCUGGGCGAGAUUAGUUGUCUCCGCGCACGCCACGUAGAGGAGUGCCGCCAGCGCGUGCAUGCCACAGAGUCUGUGGCGCGGCAGCGGCUCGCCGCGCAAGAGGCGGCCUGGCGCGUGGAGUUAUGCAUUGCGUGGGUAUCGUGUCUGCAGCGCGAGUUGGGCGACACGGCGGAGGAGCUUCAGGCGGUCCGCGACGACAACGCCGAACUGCAACGCGUCAUGAUGACUGUGCAGGAGGAGCUCGGGAUGCAGGAGCCGCAGUCACCGCUCUCGCUAGUGGAAGAGAUUACGCCGGCACGUGUCAUCACGGCGGCGAGCCUGGGAAGCAAGCUGCAGGCAAACUACGCUGCCGGGUCAGACAGCAAAAGUAAUGUCUGCUCGCCGCGCGUGUCAUUUGGCCGCGCGCGGAAACGUGGGCGCGCCAGCGACGACGGGUGGCUGUUCUCACCCUCCAGGCUUGUUGUGGAGGAACGAAGUGCGAGUCAGCAACCCUUGUAA